AUGGAUAAUGCUCUUGAAAAGAAAAUGUCUGCGCCCAAGCCUGAUGAGCCUGAGGCAAGGGGCGAAAUCCUUGACAUGGACGAUUCAUACACUCCCGAAGAAGAAAAAGCUGUUCUUCGCAAGAUUGACAUGGUCAUCCUGCCAUUCAUGUGCUUUGUCUUCUUCCUCCAGUACCUCGACAAGCAAAGUCUCAGCUACGCCGCUGUCUUUGGUCUUAUCGACGAUCUCAACCUGACCAGCUCCCAGUAUUCGUGGUGCAGCUCCAUCUUCUAUGUUGGUCAACUGGUCGCCGAAUACCCAUGUAUCUACCUCAUGAGCAGACUUCAUCUCACCAAGUUUGUCGGAGUCACAGUUAUCGUCUGGGGCACCAUCUGCAUGUGUCUCGCAGCACCUCACAACUUCGCCGGUUUCGCCGCCGUUCGUUUCCUUCUUGGCUUUAGCGAAGGUGCCGUAUCACCCGCGUUCGUCACCAUCACAUCCAUCUGGUACCGCAAAUCAGAACAUACCCUCCGCACUGCUCUUUGGGUUACCAUGAACGGUGUUGCGCAAGUCAUUGGAUGCCUUCUCAUGUACGGCAUUGGAAAGAAUACGUCCCUUGGUCUUGCGCCAUGGCGUACCCUGUUCCUUGUCUGUGGUGCCAUGACGGUCGUUGCCGGUAUUGCGUUCUUUACGCUCAUGCCUAAUGGCCCGAGAGAUGCUUGGUUUUUGACUCCCCGAGAGCGCGAGGUGCUGUCGAUGCGCAUGGCUCAUGAUCGUGAGGGAGGUGACAAGACGAGCUUCAGCACCAGUCAACUUCGAGAGACUCUCCUGGACCCCAAGGCUUGGGCUGUCUUUUGGUUCGGAGUCUUGGUUACGAUGCAGUCGCCCGUGCUUACCUUUGCAUCUCUUGUCAUCAAGUCAAUCGGUUACACGCAGCUCGAGACAAUGCUCUACACGGCGCCAUCGGGAGCAGUUCAGAUUGGACUCUUAUGGAUUGGAGUUGGACUCUGCACUCUGUUCCCCAACCAGCGAUCGUUGGUCGUGCUAGUUCUCAUCAUCCCGCCUCUUAUCGGGAAUGUCUUCUUGAUGAAGCUUGAUGUCGACGCCGGUUGGGGUUUGAUCGCUGCAUCAUGGGUGUCGUCUUGCAUUACAGCUUCGAUGUCGAUCCUUCUCUCCCUUUCAGCUUCGAACGUGAAGGGGAACACCAAGAGAGCUUUAGUGAACUGCAUGUUCUUCAUCGGAUAUUGCGCAGGCUGUAUCGGAUCACCCCAGCUAUGGACCAACGGCCCUCGAUAUCGAGAGGGUGUCAUCACCAGUAUCGUCACCUGGUGCCUCUUGUUCCUCACAAUGAUUAUCUAUCGCACUCUGUGCACUCGAGAAAACAAGACGAGAGACAUGGCUGGAGAGUGUCACAGCACUGGCGAGGUCAUUUUGGAUAAGAAUGGUUUGCCCAAGUCUGACCUGACAGACAAGGAGGACAGAGCUUUCCGAUAUAGUUAUUAG